GGUAUUAUCUGGCAAAAGAAAAAAAAAAAAAAGAAUUAAAGUAUCCUAUUUUCAUGUAACACAUGUUACUCUAAAAAUCUGAAUAUAAAUUUCAAGGACAGCAUUCCUGCAUAUACAAUAGACAUCAGUACAGUCCCAGAGGAAUCAAUGAUGUACCAUUUGAAACUCUAGGCAAAAACAUACAAAUGUUCUUUAAUCUCAUUUCAGUCACCACAUCUGGACAGAAUAAUGGGCUGGAUUAUUUUCUGCACUUACUCCAUUUGUAUUUCAGAGAAGAUUUAAAUUUUCAAGUCUCACAAUGCAACAUCCUUCAGAGGUGUUAAGAUCUUGGCUUGGAAAGCUGCUGCAUGCAGCAGUCUUGAAGACACUGAUGUUUAAACUUCUACUGAAUUUAAAUGGACUCUGUACCAAAAUAGGAGACAGUUUAUAAAAUGACAAUGCUUUGAUACUGUGAGCUCCUCCAGAUAUACACCUUUAAAAUAUUACUAUCUAGCAUCUGGCCAUGCUCUAUAAUAUCUUAAAAUAGAACUGAAUACUUAUAAUAUUUUAAAAUAACCACUUUCUCUUUAAAGAAAUGCAACACUACUUGCAAAGACAAUCCUAAGAAUUAAUCUCUGAAUGUGAAACUGAAGAAAGCCUGAAGGAUUCAAUAGCAAUGUCAAUUCAACCCUUUUGCUUGCAAUCAGGAUAGUAUUUUUUAAAACUUUAUAUGCAAAGUUUCUGUAUUUGUAACUAGAGUUUUUAACUUGCAAUUUUUGACAUUUUAACUGUAAAAUCUGCAAUUACCAUAGGUGCAUUCAGUUAAAAAAGCAAAGUUUAAAAGUUCUCUGUUAAAAAAUGUUUGUGUCCUGUGUGAUCAAGGACACAGACUGUGACACAAGGGGAAGAAAUUCCAGCAGCUUCAUUUCCCUUGAUUGUCCUGCCAUGAACUCACCUGUGUCGGGAAGGGACUGAGGCUCUGUCAGGCCUUCCCCUGCUCUCCAGGUGCAAUGUGUCACCCAUUAGCAAAGGCUUUAAAUGGGAGAGCCGGAGGGGGCUCUGCCAUUGGCUGACUGCAGAGAUGGAGAGGCUGCUGCAGGAGCUCAGCUCAGCUUCCAAGCUCUUAAUUGACUACAAGGAGAUGUAUGAGUAUGAGAACCGUCUGAAAACCUUCACCAAGUGGCCCUUCCAGGAAGGCUGCAAGUGCACUCCAGAGAAUAUGGCAAAGGCUGGCUUCAUCCACUGCCCAAGUGCAAGUGAACCAGAUACAGCAAAAUGUUUCUUUUGCUUGUUAGAACUGGUGGGCUGGGAACCAAAUGAUGACCCAUGGGAGGAACACACCAAACGUCGCACCUGUGACUUUUUAGCCCUUCCCAAGCACUUUGAUGAUCUGACAAUGGAGGAAUACUACAUGCUGGAGCUGACACGGCUGAAGACCUUCAUUCGCGAAGUUGGCAACCGCACAAUAAACGCUUUUGAAGAAGAAGUCGCGGCGACGAGGCAGAGGCUGGUGAAUUACUUCGGCUCCGGGGCCUCGCUGCCGGCACCGCCGCCUGUCGAGGAUGAGCCUGCAGGCCAGGAGCCGGGAGGCUCAGCCUCCGGCCCCAAGGAGCCCACGACAAGUGAGCUGUGACCUCCGGCUCUACGAGGGUCUCUUUCUUUGGUGCAAACAUCCCUGUCUGGGUCUGAGUGCGAAUCCAAAGCUGAGCGGGUGUGUGAGGAAGUGUGUGUAGAGAACUGCCCCUGGAUCAGGAGUGAGCACAGCCAGAGGUGGGCUGGCUCUCACCGUGUGCUUCCUUGUUAUUGCUGCGUGUGGAGAUAAGAGUACUUCCACUGCCCUGCCAGCGGGUGAAAAGUGUCUGAGCAAAUACUUCUAUUCUGGUUUUUAGCAAGCUGACUUAUUUCUUUUUGAAUAAAGAUUUACAACAAGA